CAUUGCAGUUGCAACAGAGCUGUCACCACUCUUUUAUCUGACGCUUGUGUACAUGAGUUUUGCAGCUUACUAGACAUGUGCAAGCAUUAGAAAUUUAUUAGUGUCCAUUUUAUACAGGAUUCCAUCCAUCUUGUGCAAGUCUGCAGUAACCAGCAAAUGGGGAGGCAGCCGUGCUGUGACAAGAAGAGGGUGAAGCGAGGGCCGUGGACGGCGGAGGAGGACAAGAAGCUCAUCAGCUUCAUUCUGACACACGGCCGCUGCUGCUGGCGAGCAGUGCCUAAGUUGGCAGGGCUGCUGCGCUGCGGCAAGAGCUGCCGGCUGCGGUGGACCAACUAUCUCCGCCCUGACCUCAAGCGUGGCCUCCUCACUGCAGACGAGGAGAAGCUCGUUGUGGACCUCCAUGCCAAGCUUGGCAACAGAUGGUCCAAGAUUGCUGCCAAAUUACCUGGGAGAACAGACAACGAGAUCAAGAACCACUGGAACACGCACAUCAAGAAGAAGCUCAUCAAGAUGGGGAUCGACCCAGCCACGCAUCAGCCUCUAGCCAACACCAAGGCUAUCAGUCAAACAGGAACCUCGACGCAGUCCACCGUCACAACUGAAUCGGCCAAGUCGAAUGACAUGGCAUAUCCAGUGGAUCCCAAGGGAGGCUGCAGCAGGAGCAUGUCAGUGCCAACUGACUCGCUGGAGCAGUCAAGCAGGAACACCAGCAGUCAGGGCCUGGAUCCGUUGUUGAACUGGCUGUUGGAGACAGAGCUUCCCGCUGAUGAGCCAUGGCUAAAUUUUACGAGCAGCAAUGACGAUGACUUGUGUGGCAUCGUUAAGCAGUCGGCAUUGGAUGGAAGCACAACAGACUGGCUGCUUGACUACCAAGAUUUCAGCAUGGGCAAUUCGAGCUUGAUUGAUGGUGCAAGGAUUCAGAAUUCAGAUGGAUCAAACUUUUAGACUGAAGGGACAUAGAAAUUGUGCAUGUCGGGUAGGUGCAAAAGAUUGUGAAAAGAGAGCAAGGUGCAUUGUGUUCCAAGCUGGAUGAUAACAAGACCAGUCAGUCCUCCAGGUGCCUUGCCAGGGACUAGCACAAGAUAUGUUCAGAAUAUAGAACAGUGAUAGUCCACCCUUAAAUUAAGGGCUCUGUGUUUAUAGAAAUCUAUAUUUCUCAUAGAUUCAAGGGUGUAGAACUUGAAACCCUUUUACACA